UCUUCCUGUAUCAUGCACUGUGCAAGCAGAAAUAUGUGAGUGAAGUGUUGCCAAUGGCUCUGAGCAAGCAUGGGGCAUGUUUCAGAUUACACUGUGUUUUCUUGUUCGGAUCUGAUCUCCUUGGUAGGAGAGUCUGAGAAAGGCAGCUCUAGGGGAUUUACUUCUAGCAGCAGCAGCCAGAGCACAUGAUCCAUCAAUCGCGUGAUUCUCACCGCCACGGACUAAUGGGAAGGGUGAAGAAAAAGUGAACGCUGCCUUGGGAAAGCGGCAGCGUUUUCUUCUGCUCGUGGGGCCCCUCAACCAGCUGGGUGCUUCAUGGCUUCUCCCAGGUUAGAAACCUACUGCUGCCCGAACAGGGAUGCAGCCACACAGCUGGUGGUGAACUUCCAGCCUGAAGUCUUCUGCGGAGUUUGCAUUGGCAGUGCCUCCGUCAGUCUGCUACUGACCAUCCUGCAGCUCCUGCCAAAGAAGGGACAGACCCCAUGGAAGAUGCUCAAAGCCUCCUCCUCUUCCACCAUCCUUCUCCUUAUCUCCAUUUGUGACAUCCUUGGUGGCUUAGGUAUAAUCUUCAGAUCAAGUAUAUGGCUGGGCUUCCCAAGCUUCAUAGCUAACAUUUCUGUGGUGAACGGGACCGACAUGUGGCCUUCUGCUUUCUGCGUGGGGAGUGCGAUGUGGAUCCAGCUGUUGUACAGUGCUGGCUUCUGGUGGUUGUUUUGCUACGCUGUUGAUUCUUACUUGGUGAUAAGAAGAUCAGCUGGACUGAGUACGAUUGUGCUGUACCACAUGAUGACGUGGGGCCUCGCGGUGCUGCUCUGCGUGGAGGGAAUUGCGCUGCUCUACUACCCUUCUCUCUCCAGCUGUGAAAAUGGCUUGGAGCAUGCAAUCCCACAUUAUGUCACAACCUAUGUCCCCCUGCUGCUAGUGCUGGUGGUGAACCCAAUCCUGUUUAGGAGGACAGUAUCAGCAGUUGCCUCCUUACUGAAGGGGAGACAAGGGAUUUACACAGAAAAUGAGAGACGUCUAGGGACAGAGAUCCAGAUCCGCUUCUUCAAAAUUAUGCUGGUAUUCGUUAUUUGCUGGUCAUCCAAUAUCAUCAAUGAGAGCCUUUUGUUCUACCUUGAAAUGCAGCCAGAUAUCAACGACAUGCCCCUGAAAAACAUCAGAAGUGCUGCUCUGAUCACAUGGGUUAUAAUGGGGGUUCUUAAUCCGAUGCAAGGCUUCCUCUUCACGUUAGCAUUCUAUGGCUGGACGGGAUGCAGAGUGGACCUGAAAUGGCGAAAAAGCGAAAUACCCUGGGAAUCACUGUCCUCAUCAACUGUGGGUGAAAACGCCUAUCCCUCCCCAGUGAACUACCAAACCAGCAUCCAUGAUCCAAAGAAGAUACCGUCAACUGACAGCCAGCAGACUGACGAGGCUAUAAGCAUGUUGUCUGAAGGAAUUUCCAAUAAAUGCAUCAUCAGAAGAAAAUAAAUCAGAACAAUACACAAGUGAUGUGAGCAGCCAUAAAGGUGGCUUGGUUAGAAGGGAAAAAACACUGAGCAGAAGAUGAUGUCUGCUGAAAAAUUGAUGGAGAAAAUGCGUGCCAGCCUGGGAGCUGCGAGCCCAGGCAGCAGAAGCAUCCCUGAGAAGCACAGCCAGCCUCUUGGAAGCGCAGCUGGGCACCUUGAAGCUGGAGAGACAGCCUGUGGUACCCUCAGUAAGUGCAAAACCAAAGAGCUGUGACGGCAACUUAUUGUCUGAAAAGUGAAAAAUAUAUUGGAAAAAGGGGAAAAUAUCAUCAGAAAGCAAGAAAUGGUAACUGUCAUGGGCUGUUCUAUCUGCAAGAACGGGAAAAGCGCCCCAAAAUAAAAAUUGUUCAGAGAAUAAAAAUAAUGUAUUGGCUGUCCCAGGUGAAAAAACAGAACAGCACCUAUCAGCUGCUAGAAGUUCUGGUGUCCUACAGCCUCUUAUGUGUUUCUGAUAUAAAAAAUCCAAAGUAGAGCCGCUUUCUGUAAGAACUUCCCAUGCUGCAUGUACUUUCCACACAGGUCUGUGUGAACUUUCUACAAGACCUCAGACCUUUGCUGGGGCUGCCUGACUGCCUCAAAACUCUGUGACACGAAUCAUCAUCAAAGGGAGACUCUGCCUGUUGUUUUAUUGUUCCCCGCCCUAAGCCCAUAUGUGGGGCCGGUUUGGUUUGUCCUCGCACCUCUGGGAUGGUUGGGUUCCUCUCUGCGAUCAGGUUGUCCUCCACUCUGGGAUGGUUUGUCCCCUUGUGAAAUGCACUCGCUGCCAUGUACACACAUGUAAGUCAUCUGUUGCAUCUGCUGUAUUUUUAAGUUUGCUUCACUAGCAGUAACUUUGUCAUAACCUGUAACGUUAUAUAUAUACUUUGCUGCUAUAAUUUAUUGCUGCCAAAAUUAACCACUGCUACAUUACUGAUUGUGGCUGUACGAUUGCUUACUGAUAAUACUUUGUAAUAGCUUGAUAUGCAUACAUAUUUGCUUUCUUAAUCACAGGUAUACUUGCUAGUGGUGAUUUUUGUGGUAUUUUAUAGAAUCAUAGAGUACCAGGUUGGAAGGGGCCACAAGGAUCGUCUGGUCCAAUCUUUCUUGGCAAAAGCACGGUCUAGACAAGCUGGCCCAGCACCCUGUCCAGCUGAAUCUUUAAAGUGUCUGAUGUUGGGGAAUCCACCACUUCCCUGGGGAGAUCAUUCCAAUGGCUGAAUGCUCUCACUGUGAAAAAUUCACCUCUUGUGUCCAAUUGGAAUCUCCCCAGGUAAUCUGCAAUAAAAAUUAGAGGAUAAAGCCUCUGUGGCCUUGUGUAUUACGCAAUCCUAUGAACACAGAGUCAUAAUCUUUAUACACCUUCAGAUCAUGACAACAUGUUACAACUUAAGUCACCCAAGCCCAGCUCUUAAGCUGGAUGCAAAAUAGCCAGGAAAGAAUAAGGAACAACACGCACAGAAUUCUCUAAUAUCAAAAUAUAGCAAUUUAUUCAAGACACUGAAUAUGAUCUGUUGAUUCUCUCCUUAAAACAAAUGAGCUACAAUACACAAGGUGAAUUUGAAGAAAGUGUGGGUGGGGGAGAAACAAAAUAAGGGUUGAUGUUGUUUCAACAGAACCUGGGAAAUGCUGAAAUGAGAACCAAGUCUGGCUGCAAGUCUGACACAGACAAUAAAAACUGCAGAAGCCAGAAUUCAGAAUUUCAGUGAGUGGCUGAAAGAACAUUUCUGCAACUGACAAAGAACCACAUCUUUUAAAAAGGCAAAAGGAGGGAAAAAAAAGGAGGAAAAAUUAAAAAGGGAAAAAGAAAAAAGAAACCCAAAAACAAAGCAGACCCUUACAUUUGACAAAGUGCACUUCACUUGGCUCUAAAAUUAUCUAUUUUUUCUUUUUUUUUUUUAUUAAACAAAUUAAAAGGAAAUUUCUAAGAUGUAGCAUGGGGUUAAUGUGUGUAUAACCCUGUAAAUCAGGCCCUUUAGUGCCCCAUAAGGGACCCAGUGUUUUCUACAUAAAAGAUUCAGUAUCCUUCUAACCCACAGAGUCGAGCGGUUUUUUAUUUUCAUUUCAAGGCCAGUUCCAGACAGCCAGCAAUGACAAAAAUCCAGUCAGCCUCUCCAUGGUUUCACAGUCCUGUUUGGUCACUUAGUUUCUUCCAUUUCUCUUCUGUUAGAAAGAACUAGAAACAGAAUUGUCAAAAAAUAUUGUUAUGAAAAAAAACAGUCUCAAGUUUGCUGGCCUGUUGCUGUAUGUGGUUCUGGUGCAGGGAGCUUCAGAACGGCAUCAAUAGCCCACAGAACGGCAUCACUAGCCCAGGGGAUGCUGCCACAGCAGAGGGGGAAAGCAAGAGCUUCCCUGUGGGCAGUUCGGCAGGUCUGGGCUUAGACAUCCACCUUAAGUCCAGCAUGGAAAAGGCCCUCUAUCCCCGUUGCCCACCUCCUGGAGCAAGCAGCGUGCUAGGCUAGGAUUAGCCUCUGCAGCUACGUCUUCUGCCUUCCUUCCUAGCUGCCCUUGGCUGAUAAUGACCUACUACAGUAUCUUUGAGGAUCUUCCAGUCUCUACGGUCUUGGGGAAGGGAAGAAAGGUCAAUUUUCUUAGCUUUUCGCAUACGCUGCUUUCACAUCUGAUGGUCUGUAUAGAAAACUCCCUGGACCAGCAGCUUCUCUCACACAGUCUUCGCCAGCCAACUGAUUUUUGGCUUCUUACCUCCGUGCAGGUGGGCGGAGGAAACGCGGUGUUCUGACAAUAUUGAAAAAGGAAAAAGAAACAGGCACCAUGGACACUGCUGAGUUAUCUACAGUAGCUAUGGCGGGAACAACCACGAGACAUGGGCUACGUAGCCAGGUGGCCACAUGGCCAUCGCUGCGCUUGGCCUGAGCAACCUCAUCUCUCUGAACCCCAUGGUCUGGCCCAUGAGGGUGUCACUCGAGGGACAGAGUGAGGCCAGGGCCCCAUCCCACUGCCCUCCCCCACCUGCAGAACGGGGGCUUCUGCAUGUUAAUUCUCAGAAACGCCACCCAAAAGCAGCUUAGGAAGUUAACCGUGUAUGUGCAAUGAUUGUAAUCAAGUCAUUGACCCAACCAUGCUUUAUAAAACCACAUUAAACCUUUGUAUUCAAAUUCAAGUCUCUCUUUGAACAAGUACUUUUUUAAAAAAAGUAGUAACUUAAAUGAGUAGGUACACGUGGUUAUUAUAAAACAGUGCAAAACUGCCAGGUAAUCAUCUACAGCCCAUGCUCUUGGAGCAGAAAACUAAAACCAUCACAUAAAUGCAUUUAACACCAAAAAUAAACCUUGAUACUUUCCAGUGUCCAAUUCUUUGAUAUAAAUUAUGAACAAGCCUAACUCUCUGUAAUAAACAAAAUCCCUCAUAACUGUUUUCACCUCAGGACUGAGUAACUUUUUUAGGAAUUAUUUAUUUUCAUUCUUGAGUUCUUGUUUCCAAAUGUGUAUCUUUAAGAAAUGCAGCUGAAGCUGGCAGUGGUUAGUUCCACUGGAAGGAUUAAGACACUGCGCAGAUGCAAGCGUAAAGAGAGGAAAACACAGGAGAAUAAAUGAGCUACAGAUUCCAUGAUGAUGCCAUGAUGAUGACUGGUGGGUCUUGCACCACCAGUUCAGCACUAGGGCUCUGGUUUUGGUUUUGCUCAGAUCAAAUCCCUUUAGCAGCUGUGGCCAAACCAAAGGGAAGAUCUUGCAUUACAGAAACAGAGACUUUGGGCAGGAAGGUACCACACGAUGUCAAGGGAGUUCUCUGCUUGUUUUUCUUUCUCUAGCCUGUGGGCCAGGAGAGGACACUUGUUUGAUUCAGCCAGUUCUAAGGAUUUGUCUAAAUAACGGCUGCCACCACCCCAAGGUUCCCCCACAGUUUACAGCAGCUUCAGUAAACUCUGCCCAUGCAUUCUUCUUUGCAGCCAUCAUUUGCUCUCAAUGUUGUCAUCAGGAGGCAUCCCUGCAGGUGUCUUGCUUGCAGAGGAAAUCAUGUCCAAAGCGGAUAGGUGGUGCUUCCCGUCUUUAUUGUCAUUCUGAUCACUUCAUCCACUGGAACUUUAUAGCAGUAUAUAUGUUGAGAUAUAAUUUAUACGUCUUUUAUCGGUCCUCACCUAACGGAGAGUUCUAUGUUGUCUUCUGAGCACUGCACUGAGGACACCCUCUUGGCUAAACCUGCCUGGGCUGACAGUGAAGCCUCCAAGUGCAGACCCAGAUCUUUCCUUGUAGCAGGCAGGAAACGUAGGCUGAGCGCAACGGCAGCACCACAUGCUGCCUGAUGCCAUGGAAGAGCCGGCUUCCAGGUGUGUGCCAACCAUGGAUGGACAGGAGCUUGGCAAAGUCUGCUCUUCAACAAUGUGACAGACGCAGUCAAUAAAUCUUGGUCCAACUGGUCCCAUUAAGUGAGUGGUAAAAUCCCAGUGACUUACUGGAAGAGAAAGAGCUGAGUGGGAUGAACAGCGGAGGACAGCACUGCUCAGCAGGGCCAUGGGCAGCCCAACCCAUGUCCUGUUUGACGUUCAAACUACUGCUAGAGCAGAGAAGAUACGUAAUCAUUUUCUCCUGGUUCCUAAGAAUAAACGAAAAUAUGGCCUCAAGAAAAUGAAUGCUAUGUUUAUAGUCUCAAACUUACGAAUCCCUUCUAAUAAGUGCACAUCACCAAACAGCCACAAGAAUGAAGUGAGACUAUGCAAGUGGCUGGCUGCUGGAAGAGGACUCUAAGGAAAGGACUGGCAUUGAUUGUAUCAAAUGGCAUUUUCUUCUUACAGCACUUUGAGAGAGGAGAGAAAAAGGAUACUGCACCUUUCAUGUUCCUUGGACUCUGUGUCACUCUUUUUGCUUGAAUUACACACCUGGUCUACAUUUGGUGGCCAUUUUAGGCUUUUAAAACUGUUUAACAUAAAAAAUAUUUUUUUUCCAAAAAUACACUGGGUUCUUUCUGUUAAAAGUCAUCUUUCUCCUGUAAAAAUCUUCCCCAGCACUGCAUUCUUAUAUAAAGCACUUAUUACACAAUUUGCUGAAAGUGCCCUUGAGACGCUAAGAUCUGAACCACGGAGGAUUUUCUUUUCUUUUAAAAGGAGAGAAAGAAAGGAAAAAGAAGAGAGAGAAGAGAGGAGAAGCAGUCUGUCAAAAAUUUUCAUUGUCAUGUCCACCUGGCUGCAUCUACUAUGGGCAUACAGGGGAAAAAAGAAAACAAAAAGGGGCAAGAAGAAAGAGGAGGAAAAAAAAGGAAGGAGAAGUUGGGAGUGGAAGGGAGAAAUAAAAGGAAAACAAAGGUUUCGUCCUAAGCCUGGGAUCUUCCAGGCUGUAAUAUUCCAGCUGAUAGAAAAACCACUGAACAAAAAAGUAGUCUAGAAAAUAGAAAGUGUUGUGAUUACAAAGUUGAGCAUUUCAUCAGUACAAACUGGUCUUUGAACGUCCUUUGGGAGAGCAACUGUAGUGUCCAAAUUGGAAGGAAAAAAUACAACACCACAUGGAGGAGGAUUUUUUUUCCCUUUUGGUUUAUCACAGCAUUUUUCUUUUUUUUUUUUUUUUUUCCUCUUUUUUUAAUUUUUUUUUUUGGCACAGCUUUUUUUUUUUCUUUCUUUUUUUUUUUUUUUUUUUUUUUUUU